CCCCCCCCCGCCCCGUUCUCCGCCCCGCCCGCUCCCGGCCCCGCCGCCGGCCGCGGGCGAGGCACCGUCCCCGUCCCUCCGCGGCGGCGGCUCCAUGGUGCCCGCCGCCCCCCGCCGCCCCGCAGCAACAGGCAGGACGAGGAGGAAGCGGCCCCCGGGGGUGCCCGCGCCGCGAUAGCCGCCCGGCGGGGCGAUGGCGAACCAGCUGGUCGUCCUCAACGUCUACGACAUGUAUUGGAUGAAUGAGUAUACUUCUUCCCUUGGAAUUGGAGUAUUCCAUUCAGGUAUAGAGGUGUAUGGCCGAGAAUUUGCCUACGGUGGUCAUCCAUACCCUUUUUCUGGAAUAUUUGAAAUUUCACCAGGAAAUGCUUCUGAGCUAGGAGAAACGUUUAAAUUUAAAGAGGCUGUGGUUCUAGGCAGUACUGACUUUAUGGAAGAUGACAUAGAAAAAAUAGUAGAAGAGCUUGGAAAAGAAUUCAAAGGAAAUGCUUAUCACCUAAUGCACAAAAACUGCAAUCACUUUUCUUCAGCUUUAUCUGAGAUUCUGUGUGGAAAGGAGAUUCCACGAUGGGUGAAUCGUCUUGCCUACUUCAGCUCUUGUAUACCGUUUCUCCAGAGCUGCCUGCCGAAGGAAUGGCUAACUCCUGCAGCCCUCCAGUCUAGUGUUAGCCAGGAGCUACACGAGGAGCUGGAGGAAGCUGAGGAUGCAGCAGCAUCAGCUUCCUUGGCAAGCUCAGCAUCUGGGUCUAGAACUGGACGUCACACCAAAUUAUAAGUCCUCCUCCAAAGUAACAAUGGUUUGAAAUACUUCAGUUUAAUCUCUCCAGCAACUGACUUCCUGACAGAACAUGAGAGCUGACUCUAGAACAUUGUUUUUAUAUGCAAAAAUGGCUCUCAUCAGCCCCUGUUUCAGCUCAGGAUUACUUAUGUAGUGAAAAGAAUUGCUGGGAGGAAAGGGAAGGAUCUUAUGUGAAGCCACCCUUUUCAUUUUCACCUGUUUGAUAGACCUGAGUUAACUUAACAUCUUGUAUAAAGCAGAACUUAAAUUAUUUGUUUACAGUAUGGUGUACUGCUGUUUACAAGUCCUGUAAGGACUCCUGCCACCAUGGAAGAAGAGAGAACAUGUGUUUUAUUAACUGUUGGUAUAACUCAAAGGCAGUAGUAUUAUGCCCUGGAUGAACUCUCCCCUUUGUUUUCAAGAUAUAAGGCAGGCGAAGUUUAAAUUUCUGAGAAAUGUAGAAACUGCUGAAUACUAUAUAUGCGAACAGGGUACUGUACACUUAAAGUGGCUGAUGUAAACAGGUAGAUUCCGGGAUGUAGGGAGACUGAUUUUGUCGAAGAUCUCUUAUUGAAGAAGUAUGACCUCUACAUUAACGAAACUGUGGAUUUUUGCACAUAUGAAGGGAAAUUUCUAUCUCAUUACACUGCACAUUGAUCCCUAAUGUGUUUUUUUUUUUAAACUUAGCCGUGUAGUUUGCAUCCUAACUUCCGUCUGUAUUUACAGUCUACUUCAGCCAGGAUUUAGACAUGUAAAUAUCACCUGUUGAAAGCAUCAACAACUUUUUUUUUUUGCCAUUUGCUUUACUUGAUUUAAAACUUGUAUAUAAAAGUUAGUACUUGUAUUCUUUUUUUUUUUUUCCCCUCACGUAGUUUGAACAGUAUAAUACAAGCCAUUUAUGGUUGGGGAAUGGCCUUGCUUUCUGCUGCUGAUUUUUGCUUCAUUUGAGUUUGUAAACAUUAGUGUUUUUUUUUUUUACUUACAUAUUACUGCCCAGUCGUGCAGAUUCGCACAAAUUAUAGAGAAAUCCUAAUUUAUUUUCCCGCAGUUUCUGUCUGUGGCAUUAACUUUCUUGUCAGAUGUAAUGAAGAAAAACCUGAAAACUGCUUAUGCACCUGCGUGUUUACACAGCAGAACCCACUAAUCUGCACACAUAAUUAUAUCUGAAGGUAAGAGAUGCUAUUUUCUAAAACACAGAAGUAUGUUUGCUGGUAGAUUAUAAUUAGAGCUAAAUUAUAAUUAGUGAUCAGAAUAUAUAAUGGAAUGCCUUAUUCUUGUUCACUUACCAAGAGAAUUAAUGGUUCUUCCAGUUAUUAGUGUAAAUUAGUGAGGUUCUAUUGUGCACAUGAGGAUACAGUAGCACAAACAUGAGGGAGGUAAGACUUGCUGCCUUAAACUGUAACAAAAACAUACCAUCUGUAAACUGAUCAGCUCUCAAAGACGUGUGCAUUACUAGAAGUAUAAAUGAUUUUUACGAGCUUUGGCUUUGAUUUGUUGCUGGGUUUAAUUUUUCCAUUAAGUGAAAUACUGACUCUACAGUUUGUUACUUAAAAGGGGUAAAAACAAAUCCUCUUAGGAGGCAAGAAUGCUUAAUGUUACGUACUCUCCUAGCUAUGUGUAGUCAGUGCCAUUGAACCCUUCAGGAAGGCGCAGUAGGUUAUAUUCUAGUAAGAAUUCAUAUGAUGGCCAACUCCAAUUCAUGUUAAAAAUGAGCGAGAAGUCUUUCUGCUUGCAGUUGGGCCGAGUCAUUUGUAGGACAGUUGAAGCUUUCACUGAACUGUGGUAUAUUGUAGUGACAGAAAGAAAUGCUAAUGUUUGGUUAUGGCGGGGGGCGAAAAUCAAGUGCUACUUUUUUCUUGAAAGAGUGGGAUAAUGGUAGAAGUCUUGCUAACUGUGCUUUGGUACGUGUUCUUAUAAUCUCUUCUACCAAGUGGGAAAUGCUUAAGACUGACAAGUCUAUCAUGUUAUCUAUUUGGUCUCCAGAAGUUGGACAUACUGACUCUCCCUGAUUGUUUUUUCUUUGAUCCUGAAUCUCUGAAUUUGAGUUCUUUUUUUUCCUGUUGUGAAAAUGAACAUGGUGGUCUCCAGUCAACUCUCAAGCAUUACAGAAGGAAAGAUCACACUACUUACAGCGAAGGUGACAGACCAUAGAUAAGUUUUGUCUCUCCUGUGCAGCUGUGGUAGGAGUGUGACUAAGUCUCUUGGUCAAGGCAGGUCCUUUAUUUCAGCUCAGGGUUGAGGCCACUGAUCUAGCAAUGUACUGUAGCUCUUCCUAGGCUUUAGGAAAAAUAAAUAGAAUGAAUUUUCAUUGCUACCUAACUUUUAUGUACCAAAACCAGCUUUCUAGGCUUCUAAUAUAUCCAGAGCUCUAGGUCACAAAUCUCUACACCUUCAUUAACCCACACAGUUGCAGCAUGUACAAUGCAAGAAAGCGACAGAUCACAGCACAGUUUUUAUUUAGAAGUAAAACUAAGAAUAUUUUUUAUAAAGCAGACUGGAAAGUUUGUAACAAAAAUGUUCAUUUUAUUGGUAGCUGUACAGGUGAAAAUACUGUCUUAUGCUCCAUUUUUUUUGUUUAAAUACCAUCCAUUUGUAAAUCCUGUGAGGAAACUGACAUGUGAACCCUGAAGGCUGUUGGGUAUUGCAUCGAAGCAAGUGGUACUGUAACUUCAACCAUGUGCUGUGAACUCAGCCUCUGCUGGAUGCCUCCAAGAAGUCACCCUGCCAGUGGUUACUCCGAUUUGUUAGCAAUAGAACAAGUUACCUUUCACCAGCAUUACUGCCAAGCAGGGAUUACUUUAGUCUACUAACAGCCACACUGUGCUAGGACUAGGACACUCCAAAAUGCUGUGAGAAAGCUGGACACCUGUGGAGUCUUUUCCAUCAAAACGGGUAGAAAAAUAAUUCACUACUUCAGGGUUCUGCUCCGUUUACUUUCUCAUUGUUGUUUAGUUUUCUGUAAGAUAGUACUUUUGAUACGUAGUAUAUUCUUUAACUCGGUCGUUUUAUUUAAAUGCCAUUUUCUGUUCAGCAAGCCAAAAAAAAUCCAAUGUACUGUCAGUGUGCACCAGUAACUUCAGAGUGGCUUGGUAAAAAUAUACUUGCAUUACUUCUAAAAUUUGCAAUGCAAUUCUGAUCACUAUUGAUACAUGAUAAUUUUCACUGUUGGAAGUUGGUUACAAGCUGAAUAUUCACUGAUGCAUUUUUGGUAAACUUGUAUUCAAGUUUACAAUACUACAUAGUAUUUGUAUAAAAUUCAAAGAAUUUUGACUUUUGUUACCUGUACAUGGCAACAAGUUGUCUAGCAUCUUAAAUCCAUCAGUUUAUUAAAAAUACUUUUAUAAAAAAA